GCAGCUGGAGGAAGAGAGGAGGAACAGACUGAGUGAGUUCAGGACAGAGGACUCUUGGAGAAUGUUGGGACUUUCCUUUUGUGAAAAGACCAUUCUGGCCCCCAUGGUUCGUAUAGGGACUCUACCUAUGCGCCUGUUAGCUUUGGAUUAUGGAGCGGAUAUUGUGUACUGUGAGGAGUUGGUUGAUAUAAAGAUGCUGCAGUGUAAACGGGUAGUUAAUGAGGUUCUACAGACAGUGGACUAUGUUGCACCCACUGAGCGUGUCAUUUUCCAGACAUGUGAAAAGGAGAGAGGACGUGUUGUGUUUCAGAUGGGGACAGCUGAUGCAGAGAGAGCACUUGCUGUGGCAAAACUUAUAGAGAAUGAUGUUGCUGCCAUUGAUAUAAACAUGGGCUGCCCAAAAGAAUAUUCUACCAAGGGUGGUAUGGGAGCGGCACUGCUUACUUAUCCAGAGAAAAUUGAGAUGAUAUUGAAAACCUUGGUCGGUGGCAUAUCUAAACCAAUCACCUGUAAAAUCCGCAUCCUUCCUUCGCUGCAAGACACUAUUAAUCUGGUAAAAAGAAUUGAGAAGACAGGAGUAGCCGCCAUCGCUGUUCACGGAAGGAAGAAGGAGGAGAGACCCCAGCACCCUGUGCACUGUGAUGUCAUUCGGGCAAUUUCUGAAGCUGUCUCCAUCCCUGUUAUUGCUAAUGGAGGAUCGCAGGAGAUUAUCCGCGAGUACAGCGACAUUGAGGCAUUUCGGUCUGUUACAGGUGCAUCGUCCGUCAUGGUGGCUCGAGCCGCCAUGUGGAAUCCAUCAAUUUUCAGAUCACAGGGUCUUCUGCCCCUGGAAGAAGUUAUGUGUGAUUAUAUUAAACAUGCUGUACGAUAUGACAACCAUUAUAGCAACACCAAGUAUUGCCUGUGCCAGAUGUUACGGGAACUAAUGGAGUCUCCACUCGGGAAACAACUUCAUGCUGCACAAUCAACUCAAGAAAUCUGUGAGACCUAUGGGCUAAGUGCAUUUUAUGAGAGCUGCCGAGUAUCACAGGAAGCCAGGAGGGAGUCUGCAUUAUCCUGUAUUGAAAAUCAAGUUCCACAGGAGCCCAGUGAUGAAGAAGAUAUAGACGUUGUACAAAUGGCGGUCAAAUUUGAAAGGAGAGAAUACCCACCCCACAUCACUCCCAAAAUGUUCUUGCUGGAGUGGAGCAGAAGGGAGAAACUGCCUCAACCGGUUUACCAAACGGUACAGCGGCCCCUUGACAGGUUUUUCCGCUCAGUGGUAACGGUGAAUGAGAAGAGGUAUCGUUCCACGUUGUGGGAUAAAUCUAAGAAACUGGCAGAGCAGACGGCGGCCAUUAUUUGCCUGCGGACCUUGGGCCUUCCUGAGGGGAAACUAAGUGAGGGCGAGAGCAACUUAGUGCGUAAAAGAAAACGAGAGAUACCAGCACAAGUAGGGGAUGAGGGAAACAAAAAAACUCAGCAGAAUGGGCAUGACACAGAAAAUACAGAGGUGCUGCGAUAGCUCCAGAGACUACGAUGCAUGCCGCCAUUUUCUGUUUAACACACAAACUAUCAACACUUGGAACAACAAGGACUUCUCCAACUAGGAUGAAAUAUUUAAUUUCUCACCAGCUGUUUAUUUUCAGUCAGCCAUCAUCUGGUUAUAGAAACUCUCUAACCCAAGUGAUAAACAUUAAAGGGAUACUUUUUUUCUUUUUUCUUUUAUGAUUCAGGUAUAGCUCCUACUAUCAAAUUUUCUUUGUUCUCUUGCUAUCUUUAUUUAAAAAGGAGGAAUUUAAAGCUUGGGUGCCAGCCCAUUUUAAGGUUCAGCAGCCUGGAUAGUGCUUGCUUAUUGGUGGCUACAUCUAGCAAAACAAUAAGCAAGCAUAACCCAGGUUCUGAACCAAAAAUAGGCCGGCUCUUAAAGGGCCAGUAAACUCAUCAAAUAAUGUUAUAUAAAUCUGCACAUAGUGCAGAAUUAUAUAACAUUUGCCUAGUGCCAGCUUUCUAAAGCAACGGAAAGAAGAGAUAUUUGCCUACGAAAAUUAUUUUUUAAGACCUCCGUUCCUGGCUCUACUGAGCGGUUCUGUUUUUUUUUCUAAGCACAUCGGGCACACUGUCUAGUCACAGCCGGCCCGAUCGCGCCAUUAAACUAAAUGUAGCUCUCUCCCGCUCUGGUCUGUAAAAAUAAUUUUCGUAGGCAAAUAUUUGUUCUUUCUGUUGCUUUAGAAAGCUGGCACUAGGCAAAUGUUAUAUAAUUCUGACAUGACAUUAUUUGGUGGGUUUACUGGCCCUUUAAGCUUUACAUUCCUGACUUUUAAAUAAAGAUAGCAAGAGAAUGAAGAAAAAUUGAUAAUAGGAGUAAUUUGGAAAGUUGCUUUAAAUUGCAUGCUCUGUCUGAAUCAUUAAAGAAAACAUUUGGGUUUAGUGUCCCUUUAACUUUUAAAUGUACGUAAUGUUGUAAAAAAGAGAAAAGGAGUUCAGCUUUGACACAGUCAAGAUUUCAGCUCUCAUCUGCACUUGUUCCAUUCCCACAGAACCAGUAGAUUUCUUUGUAUAAAUACUUGUUUUAUUUUUCCUUAUAACUACAUAAAAACUUUCUCUGUGCAUCAAGCCUUUUUUUUUUUUUUUUUUAUCAAAUCCCAUUUUCGUUCUGUUUUUGUUGCUUUUAUUUUUUAUCUAUUUUAACUUAAGGAUAGUUUAUUGAAGAACUGUAACGUGUUUUCAGCCAGAUAGCACGGGUUUGUUUGUUAAGCAGACCUUGAUCUGCAGCAGUUUAUGAAAUGUCCCCGUCUUAAUAAAACAAUUCACACUGUUA